UGAGCAUGAUGAAUCAUCGCUUCUUGGUUUCCAACUUCUACAGUGCAAGUUGACACAAUAUGAUUGUGAUCUUCUAGUCUCUGAGUCGUGGGUUUAUGCUAGUCAUGUUUUCAUUUAAUUUCAACUGGCGUUUCAAAUUCACUGUUCUCUUUUUUAUACCUUGAUCAGACAAGGGAGAGGAUUAGAGAAAAAUUAGUUACAAUUGAGCAAAUGUUUAACGUUUCAGUAUGGAAUAUUUUAGCGCAGACGUGAGCACACUCGGGUAUGAACAUACAUGUUUAUUUUGUUAUAUUUUUUUACAUAAUUUAGCUGUUAUAUACUAUAUAUAGCUUAUACAAUACCAUUUGUCUAAUUCUGGCAUCUUUCUUAAGCUAAGAAGUUUACUCAACAAUCGCGAAAGACUUUACUCAUCCCCCUGAAAGCACAUGACCAUAGUUUUGUUUAAUUCCUACAAUUUCCGUAAAGUAGCCUUGCAAAAACCUUGAUAAAUCGGAACACAGUACACCGCAGGAUAGCCCAAGUACUCUUAACAAAAGUUACUCCUAAGUUCUGGAAUCAACGGUUGAACGCAUGCACUGUGGGUAAGAUCCGGGGUUUGGACAGGAUGAACGCCAAUUUCCAAGAUGGCGGCGGAGGGAGGAGGGAAGGAGAUGAACGAAAUUAAAACUCAAUUCACCACUCGGGAAGGUGUCUAUAAACUCCUCACUCACUCCGAAUACAGCCGCCCAAACAGGGUGCCUUUUAACUCACAGGGCUCGAAUCCAGUCAAGGUAUCAUUCGUUAAUGUGAACGAUCAGUCCGGUAACGGCGACAGAAUCUGUUUCAAUGUGGGCCGGGAACUGUACUUUUAUAUUUACAAAGGCGUGAGAAAGGCAGCAGAUCUCAGCAAGCCUAUAGACAAGAGGAUAUACAAAGGAACGCAGCCCACUUGUCAUGACUUCAACCCCCUCACUGCCACGGCGGAGAGCGUCUCCCUGCUGGUGGGCUUCUCUGCCGGACAGGUGCAGCUCAUCGACCCCAUCAAGAAGGAGACCAGCAAGCUCUUCAAUGAGGAGAGACUAAUAGACAAGUCUCGGGUGACGUGCGUGCGGUGGGUCCCUGGUUCUGAGAGCCUGUUCCUGGUGGCCCACUCCAGCGGCAGUUUGUACCUGUACAAUGUGGAGCACACCUGUGGCACCACGGCGCCUCACUACCAGCUCCUAAAGCAGGGCGACAGCUACGCCGUGCACACCUGCAAGAGCAAGUCCGCCCGCAAUCCCUUACUCCGCUGGACGGUGGGUGAGGGGGCGCUCAACGAAUUUGCCUUCUCCCCAGACGGUAAGUUCCUGGCCUGUGCCAGCCAGGACGGCUUCUUGCGGGUGUUUGGCUUCGAUGCCGCGGAGCUCCACGGAACCAUGAAGAGCUAUUUUGGCGGGCUGCUGUGUGUGUGCUGGAGCCCGGACGGACGGUACAUCGUAGCGGGCGGCGAGGACGACCUGGUGACCGUGUGGUCGUUCUCAGACUGCAGGGUGAUCGCGAGGGGUCACGGUCACAAGUCGUGGGUGAGCGUGGUGGCGUUCGAUCACUGCACGACCAGCGUGGAGGACAGCGACCCGCCGGCUGAGUUCAGCGGCAGCGACGAGGAAUUCCACGAGCAGAUCCAUUUUGGAGCGGGUCGAGACCGGGCCAACAGCGGCCAGUCAGGCCUCUCCAAAAGGAACUCCACAGAUGGGAGGCCGGUCAGCGUGACCUACCGGUUUGGCUCGGUGGGGCAGGACACACAGCUGUGCCUGUGGGACCUCACAGAGGACAUUCUCUUCCCCCAUCUCCCCCUGUCUCGUACCAGAACUCAAACUAACGUCAUGAGUGCCACCACCACCCCUCCUGCCACUGGGGUGACUGUUGCUACCACUACCACCACUACGACCACCACCACCAACUCCACCAUCUCAAAUCCCUCCGGCACAAACGGCAACAACAGUGUAAGCAGUGGUAGUAACAGUGGCAACCCCGCUAACUCCCUCCCUGCCCCCCUGCCUCGCUCCAACAGCCUGCCACACUCCUCCAACCCAGCAGGGGGCAGCACCCCCAACAGCCACACCGGGAGCAGCGGCAGCAGUACGAAGGGUGGCAGCAUCAUCGACAGCGCCUUCAUCGCCACGGGCGUCAGCAAGUUCGCCACGCUGUCGCUGCACGACACGCGCAAGGAGCGCCACGAGAAGGACCACAAACGCAACCACAGCAUGGGCCACAUCAGCAGCAAGAGCAGCGACAAGCUCAACCAGCUGAGCUCGGCGCGGACGGCCAAGGCAGACGCCGCUAAGACUCUGGGCACCCUGCUGUGCCCGCGCAUGGAGGACGUUCCUCUGCUGGAGCCCCUGGUGUGUAAGAAGAUCGCUCACGAGAGACUCACUGUGUUAAUCUUCCUGGAGGACUGUCUGGUCACAGCCUGUCAGGAGGGCUUCAUUUGCACAUGGGCCAGGCCGGGGAAAGUGGGUUUACUAUCAUCCCAAAACCCAGCCAACUCCCCCAGUGGGACAGUAGUAUAGCCCUGGCUCCUGCUGCUGCUGCUUAACCUAGCUCCAUUGCACAGAGACGGGAUCACCCAGACCCAGGCCCUGCAGCGCUGCUCUUCACUCUCACAUCAUCAUCAUCACCUCCAUCAUCAUCACCAUCAUCAGUGUGAUCCCCACCUACCAUGCUCUGAUUGGGUUCCUUUUCAUGUCCAGAUAGCUGUGACUGUGUAUGGUAGUACCAACACGCUGUCUGACAAGUGGGGAAAGGAUAUGAGAGAUGCAAGCUUGGACAGGUCUUGGAGACUUUUACUGUUUCGUUUGAUCAGGGAUCUGAGCAGGCUGCUUUCAGUGUGCUUCGACCUUGGUUCUAAUCAGCUUGUGUCCCGCUUAGUCUGAAAACCUGUGGCUUCCUUUCCACGUGUGGACUGACCUGAAGGAGAUUGGACGGGGGUAAGCGCAGUGUGGGGAAGCCUUUAUCCAGGCCGACAACAGGGUCCUAUGUGGGAACUUCUGCCAUAUUUUAUACACAUCUCUUGUACCUGGCUUCUUCCAAACAAACCGCACAGGACGUAAGGACAGGCAGGUUGUUGUCAGACUAGGCUCUGGUCUCUCCUCUGGUCUCUCCUCUGGUCUCUCCUCUGGUCUCUCCUCUGGUCUUUCCUCUGGUGUUUCCUCUAGUUGUACCUCUGGUCUCUCCUCUGGUCUCACCUUCUGGUCUCACCUUCCUGAUACAGCUUGAUCUCAAGCUCACAGAUAAGGGAGACUGGAGUCUUUGCUUCCUUUGCCAAGACAAAAAAAGGCUUUUGAAAAUCUCAAUCAGAAUAUCAUAGCUUGAGUAUUUUGCACUGAUUUUUCUUGUUCUGUCAUUUUCUGUUUCUUUUGAUUUUUUAAUUCAUUUAAGUCUGACGGGACAUAACGUGUUUUUUUUUUUUUUUUUUCUUUGGGGGAAGACGGCCUUGGAUGCACUUGGGAUUAUGGGAUUAUGACGUCAUCCCCCUCUGUCUGAACUCUGGAUGCUGCAAUCAUAGUUUUUUUUUUUUUAAAGAAAGAAAAAUAAGAUAAAAUUGUUUGCACUUAAUAGUUUAUUAGAAGAGAAUGGCUUUACAAUUUUGGAGUGUGCAAGGACUCCCUGACAAGGUUGGAAUAUAAAUAGAAUAAAAACCUUUGUAUCUAUUGAACAUUUAUUUUAAUAUUGUUUCAGAUUAAAAUGGGCUCUGUAUUAUAUAUGUAAAUAUUGUACUUCAAUGAUUUAUGGGUGAAAUUAUCAUUAUUUCUAGUUGGAAGUUCCUCAUUUCAGAAAAUAGUGAAAUUUCUAAUGCAGAAAAUAUAUACAUAAUAAUAUUAAAAUGAAUCUUGAAUAUGCAGGUUAAUGUUUCUUUUCUGUUGUACAUAAAGAAAAUUCAGGUGUAUUUUUCUUAAUGAAACAUUUGGUAUAGGAGAUGUCUAUGAAAUCCUCUUAACUAAUAGGUAGUGCUGAGCGCUAGCUAGCCUGUGGCUACAGGGUCCUCCAGGUAGGCAGGAAGGCCGAAGUGCAGCAGUCUAACUCAGCCAUCACUCAGAGCUCAGGUAAACCACAGAAGACUAAGACUGACAUAGUCCCUUCACCCAUUAGCACCAGUGCAUUGACAUGUGUGAAUAACUCACUCACCUACAUAACCAACCAGACUGGUCCGGUGUUGCGUCAUGGGAGUGGGCGUCAUGGGUGCUAUGAGGACCCAUGAUGGGGACUGAUGUCGUCAUUGUGUGAACUGACGGACACUGUGUUGAUUUAACGUCAGUACUUGAUGGUAAGGGUGCUUGGAUCCAGCAAGUACUUGGAGCACCCACAUAGGAGGGGUAUGAGGAUUCUAACAGUGGGAGCUUUUUUCCUCCAUGUUAUAUCUAUUAAACAGCUUUGACAGAC